AUGGACGAACCAAUGAGCCCAGGAAAGUGGCAGGUGUAUCUUGCUGCUUUUCAGGAAUUCCAGAAACAAUCUGCGUUUAAAUAUAGAGCCAUGAAGCAACAGGGUGAUGAUAAACAAGAAAUCAUCCAUACAGGGAGCCAGAACAUGACAGCAGAUCCUUUAAGCACAUCAAGUGUUCAGAACUCCAGUAUCAAUGCCAGCAUGGGGACUGCAAGCACAGUCUUGACUUCCUCUAAGCUCCCGCAUUUUGCAACAGUUAAUGCUAACACUCCUCCCAGCACACUUUCAUCUAGAGCAUCUGGGAGUGGGUCUCCAGCAGUGAAUAAAAUGAAUCGAACAGAUGAAAUUCAAUUCACCACAACUAAUAAAAGUUCCCCUGAAAAGGUUUCUGCUACAGAAUCUUCUUCUACUGCUUCUUCAUUUAUGCUCAAAAUUGUCAACUCGAAGGGGUUAACCUUCGGCUCGACUCCUGAACCCUCUAUGUCGGUUAAUUUCUCAAACCCAACAAUGACUCCAAAAACUCCUGACCCGCUUGAAACGGAGACUGUUGAAAGUGAGCCUGGCACGCUGUUUCAAGGGCGCGCACAUCCCCCUAAUGGCGCUUCCAAAGAAAUCGCUGAGAAUGAUGAUUCAAGUGGAUCAGACGAGGUUGUUUUCCGCCAAGAUGAGCAUAACAGAGUCGGUCCUCCUUUGCACCAUCUCAAGCAAUUGGUUACUCCAAAUAAAAUACUUGGGUAUGUGGGGCAAUAUCCAAAAAAUAAACAUGAAAAUACGACACCAGGCCAUUCUCCGGAGAAUAAGGACAGUAAAAGUUGGCAUGCAAAGAAUAAUCCGGAGCCAAAGUUCCGUACCCAGGAGGACAAACAGGCCGCGCUUCGACGGGCUCAGGAUGAAGCAUUAAAUCAAAUUCACCGGAAACGAAUGGGAGUGGACGAAGAUGAGCCGGGUACAAGACCGUUACAUCUGGCACGCGAAGGACCGGGUACUGAUCCGACAUCUGAAAUUGUUCGACAAAUUAAAAAAAAUGUCGACGAAGCACGGGAUAUUGUGAUUCCUUGUCUUCCCCCGGUGCCAAACGAAAAAACCAGCGUAGAACUCACUACUACUGGUUACGAUGCGGUUUCACCUGCAGCGAGGCCCAGCACCGAUGGCCAUGAGAACGAAAAGUUUCAACCUGUGCUUGUUGACUGGCAAUAUCGACCUUGGUAUAAUCGUGACGACAAAUGGACCAAAGAGUUUGGCGGUUGGCUUGAAUAUACCAUGCGACUUGGUUGUUAUGUCGAUAUGGACUCAGAGCCUUUCACAAAUCCGGAUCUCCAUCCGGACGGUAUCACUGGGUUCAUCGACCCUCAUUUAGAGGAACCAAUCACUUACCUUGAUGACUCUCAAGGAGGUAAUGCACAUGCUCAUGAAACUGCGGCUGGUUACGUCUACAACUGGAAUCUGAGACUCGAUCACGAAAGGGUUAAAGAAAUUGAGGAUAAAGAAAGAGAAAUUGCGCAUAGGAAGGCGGUAGUGAAAGUCAAACCAGAGCCACACCCGUAUGCUCCGAAGACAAACGUUUACAUUCGUCCGGUCGAAGUGAAAGAUAUUCCAGGACUUACUAAGUUAUACAACUGGUAUGUCAGAGCAGCGGCCCAAUGCAUUGACUUGGAUGAUAUUUCCCAAGAAGAGAUGAAAUUGCGUGUGGAAGAGAGUGAGAAUGACAAACUUCCGUGCCUCGUUGCAGCAGAGCGAAAACCGGGAUGUGGAAAUGCGAUGAACAGCGAAGACGAGAUGGUGUAUGGCUUCAUCCUUGCAAGUGAUUUUUCAGGGCCACGGACUUCCAACAGAUAUGCAGCACAGUUGGAGUUGUUUGUCAACCCCAAGCAAUAUAAUCGCCGCAUCGGUCGAAGCUUAUUGGAUAAGAUGCUCGAACUUUGUGACCCAAAAUACGCCGCAAAGCAUGGUUAUGAUUUCGACUGUGCAGCAAAUAAACGUGAUCUUUACUGUGGUGCAGAUGUUCGGCCGUUAUCAAGACUCAUUUUCAUGGUGAACCACCCAGCAGACGAUCCAGCUGAAUACCAAUGGCUGAAGGGUUGGCUCGAAACCGAAUUUGAAUUUCAUGAGCAAGGUCUGCUCAAGGGCACUGCAAUCAAAAAUAAACAAGUGUAA